GUGCCUGUUCGUCCGUGUGUGCGCAUGUGUGCGCGCGUCUGUGCUUGCCGGAGUGCGUGCAUGCGUGCAUGUGCGUUGAGUGAUUGUGGGGAUGCGUGUGUGGGUGCUGUGCUUGCUACACACACACACUGAUUGUGGGCGUUGGUGUGUGGAUGCUGUGCUUGCCACACACACACACACACACACACGCACAGAGAGAGAGAGAGAGAGAGAGAGAGAGAGAGAGAGAGAGAGCCCCGGGGAACAUGAGCAGUCUGCUGCUCUAGAUUGAUGCCUGAAGCGACCAAGAGUCUAAACCUUUUUUUUUCCCCGUCGGAGGAGCGGUAAGCAGCUCCACACGAAAUAGAGAACUGUGCAGCAGAAGGUUGGAGAAGUAAGACAUGGCAGAACCAGAAUCUCAACAGUUCAAUUUGAAAAAUCCAGCUGUGAAGCGAAUCCUUCAAGAAAUGAAAGAGAUGCGCCGCGAACAGAGUGAGGAUUUCAUCAGUGAGCCACUAGAGGAUAAUAUUUUUGAGUGGCAUUUUGCAAUCCGUGGUCCUAGAGAUUCAGAGUUUGAGGGUGGCAUAUACCAUGGCCGUAUUAUUCUACCAUCAGAGUACCCUUUCAAGCCCCCGACGUUCAUGUUACUGACGCCAAAUGGGCGAUUUGAGACACAAACGAAGAUCUGCCUUAGUAUAUCGGACUAUCAUCCAGAGCAUUGGCAACCUGGUUGGAGUGUAAGAACGGCUUUGGUGGCAUUGAGGGCCUUCAUGGAGACGAAACCUGAUGGAGCUCUUGGAUCCCUUGAUUACUCGAAGGAAGAGCGACGUGGAUUAGCGAUCAAAUCAAGAUUAUGCCCACCCAAGUUUGGAACCCCAGAGCGACAGAAGCUUAUUCAGCAGGUACAUGAGCGCAUGUUGAAGAAUGCUCCCCCUGUGCCAGAGUUGCAACCAUCACCGGACGCGAGCGGGAAAGUGAAGGUGGAACAGGCGACUGAGCUGUCCAACUCAGAGGCAUCAGAUACCCAAUCCUCAUCAGACCCGCCUGUUGCCAACGACGUGCAAGUUUCUGAAGGUAGGGAGACUGAACUGAACACAACAGCCGCCAGGGAGGCUCCGGAGGGUGUUUUGCCAGGCAAUGCUGCAUCAUCAGCUGGGAGACCAGGGAGGAGUGGAGCUGCAGACAACAGGCUGGAGAAUUGGUCAUCUCGUGACCGUCGUGUGGACGACAAUGCUGCUGUUGCAGCUGCCAGCGCUGGUAAUCAGCAUUCAUCAGAUAGUUUUCCCGUUGAAUAUGCUGGUCCUGCUAUCGAUCUUGGGCCACAAGGAGGUGGUGGAAACAUGCUGCGUGCAAGCUUGACUCUUAGCGUCGGGCUAACAAUGAACAGGCCAGGAGGCAGCGGCGAAGGGAUGAGGCAUCGAGGACCAGGCACGAGUGGCGAUGACGGUGAUGCGGGAAGGGCGGCAGCAGCGCAGCACCCACGGAAUGAACUUCGUGCACAACUGCAGGUUAGUGGUGCCGGCCUGGAAGACAGGGGCCUCACCCUCUUAGCAGUGGUUCUUGGAAUAGCGAUUGUCGUGCUGCUUAUCCGCAAACUCAUGAGAACGUACUGUGCCGAAUGAUUUAUAUGAAUUAUCCAUGGUCGGUUAAUAACCAUGGCAAAUUCUCUGGAGUUCUGUCUGCUAAGGUGUUGUGUCUCAGUUGGAGUGAUAAGCUGAAGUCUUGCCUUUGAGCAGCAGACAGGACAGUGCCUACGCUCAGGUCUCAAAGUUGAAAAAAAAUCUUGCUCUGCUCCAGGUGUUCGUCUUCCCUGCACCCCAAGCGAUUCUCAUCAUGAAGCUAACCAUUGUGCUAACCCUUAGCAUGCUCUGCUCCAGGUGUUGGUCUUUCCUGCACCCCAAGCUUUUCUCAUUACGGAAGCUAACCAUUGUGCUAACCCUUAGCAUUUUGCUGGUCAGUUUGCGGAGAACAAGUUCUCGCUGUUUUCUUCGACCCUCCAACAAGUUCUCGCUGUGCUAACCCUUAGCUAACCUAUUCCUGAGCCCUUCAAGUUUUCUUCGACCCUCCAACAAGUUCUCACUGUUUUAUGCUGCGAGUGGAAAAGUUGUUAACCCUGAUAAGUCGCCAUCAACCUGAUGAACUGUAAAGUGAUAAGUGCUCCAGGAUUGCGUGUUUGUAACUUUGGAGGCCUUUUUAAGGCUUUGACCAAGUAGUGGAGUCCCCCGGGGUCGUGGAGAAAGCUGUGGUGGUGCUGCUGCUGCUGAUCAGCUGCCAGACCGGAAAUAAAUCAAAGUGGAGAAAGGUGUGCUGCUGCUGACCGGCUGUCAGACGGAAAGAACUGCAGACAAAUCAUGCUAGUGGUUUUGUCCAUUGUCCCUGGGCUUUGUUAAGUCAGAUCCACAGAACCUUUUCAGGUUCGCUUAUGGAGGCCAAAUAGAGGGUGUUAGUGCGGAACAGGAUUGAAGCUUUCCCAGGACCGAUUGGCAUGACCAAACAGGUGGCUGGUUGCCCUUCGGCAUUAUCUAGCUGGCUGAGGUCAGAAGGGCCAAGGUGGCUUGCGCUGAAAAGUUGCUUUUGCCCAAAAAUCCCCAAAGGAAAGAUUGAAAGGAAAAAAAAUCCCCAGAUGCAGUGGAGAUAUGAACUGCAGUGUAUGGGGGUUGGAAAUGGGUACUCACGAAAGGAACAGGCUGGUCAUUUUGUGCCUCCCGCAGCUCGACAAUGUUGUUUUGCACCAGGGAUGCAAAGCAAUCAUUCAUCACAGAAACAGAAGGUCCUGCUGGGGUUUGUAAUUUCAAUAUCUACAGGUACAAGUACUUGUGUUGGGCCAAGGCAUGCACUCGCUAUCUCACCCGUUGGUUGAGAGCAGGACCCUUGUCAAAUGACUAACCAAAAUAUGAAUGCCUACGACGAGGAGGAGCUUCAGACUUUAGACCUUUCAGAAGUCGGGCUAUUGCAGGUGCUCAGCACCUCUUGCUCAUGCUCAAGGCUACGCCCUUGUACAUGCUGUUAAUGUAUGACAAAGGUUCCUUCAACGAAGGGAAUGUGUCUGCUUCCCUCAGUGCACUGUGACACAAACACAGUGGUUGUUAUGGUCCAGAACAAUGAUGAAGCCGUGAGAUCAGAUGGGUGAUCGAGGAAAAUUGGAAUUGGAACUGGCAUUGCACCUGUGGAUGAGGGAACGGCAAGGCUUUCAGGAGGAUUCACAUAGUCAGGAUAUGCGAGGUUGCGAACGGGCAGGAGGGCUUGUGGUAUCUCUGUGGAGCUGAGGCUUGGCGAUACACUCAGAAAGUUUGAUGAUCUUAGAGCUGCAAUGUUUUGGUAUGUGUAUAUGCAGGGUGUGUGUUUGUUUUUGUGUGUCUGUGUGCGAUGGUCUGUGUGUGUGUGUGUGCACGUGUGAAUGUCGUUUCACUGGAAGUGUGUGUGCGCCUGUGUGCAGCUUUGCUGUUGGUGUGCACGCCUGCAUGUAGUUUUCCUGUUGGUGUGUGCAUGCGUGUAGGUGCACUGUUGGUGUGCGUGCACGUGUAGUUUCGUUGUUGGUGUGCGGGCAUGUGUGCGUGGAGUUUCACUGUUGGUCAGUCAAGUGCACGAAGCGGCUACUGGCAUACCAUGUGUCUCAGAGCUCAAAAAGAGGAGGAUGGAGUUGUAAGAGUGACAAACAAACAGCAAACAGAUCUGCUACAUAGACAGAGGGAGUGCUAGCAGUCUUAUUGAACAUGGGCUGCUAUAUUUACAUGGCAUGGCGCUCAGGACACAGAGAGGAGGAUUGGCCAAGAUCAGGAACUGCAAAGGGAAGUGUGAGGAGGAAGACAACAAAUUUGGAGAGAGAUUGGGGAAGGAGGGGAAGCUCAGUAAUGUGACCAAACCGUUUGUUUGGCAUGGUGGCAGGAAAGAAAGGGGUAAUGGAGGUGUUGGAAAUGAACUGCGGCGUUGUGUGUGGCCCCCAUGGGGCAAGAAAGGAGGGAGGAGGAUGGAAACUGUGGUUUUCAUUGUGCCCCAAUGCCUGUCCAUGGGUUGAGCAGAGCAAUGCAGAAGUCAUUUCAUCAUGUAAUUUCCAAAAUAAUCUCCACAGAUUUUCUCCACUGCUCUUGAGGUGAGCCAGAGCAAUUCUGAAGUGAUUUCAUCAUCGUAUAGUUUCCCAAAGAAUCUCCACAGAUUUUCUCCACCGCUCUUGAGGUGUUUCCGUUUGUCUGUCCUUGUCGAAGAGCUGCUGUUGAGCAGAAGACAUUCUGGUGUAUUGCUGGCCAGCAUUCUCUUUUGGCAUGGUGGCAGGAAAGAAAUGGGUAAUGCAGGUGUCGGAAAUGAGUUGUUGUCUUUGUAUGUGGCGCUUGUAGGGCACGGAAGGAAGGCGGAGGAAGAAAACAAGUUGUUUUCACUCUGCCCCAUUAGGUGGUGUAAUACUGGCCCACAUUUAUGAUUCACCGCCUUCAAGAAAAGAAGAGGAAAAGAAAUGGAAAAACAGGAGGUUGAUGACUUGUUCUGAACCUCCUUCACUGAGCAGUUUUUUGUCAUGCUGAGUAUUAUGCAAGGAACUGUGAAACUGCAGUCUCCCAGACUCUCUACAUCUCGGCGCUGCUAGUCCCGU